AUGGCACGACGCUCGCUGCACCCUCAUCUGUUCGGCACCGGGCACGAGCUAGCCAAGUGCCGGAUCGUCGACCCAGAGCAGACCACACCCACACCACCUUUCGAUGCCGCCACGAUAGACGAAGCCGGGACCGCUCGAGGGCGGGACGAAGGAGGUGCCAUGACGUUUGAUGCUCGACGUCUCCGGUCCUCGACCUCGACCUCGACCCCGACCUCGACCCCGGAUGCCGAGUCGUCCGCCGGUCUCCGUCGUCUCCUCGCAUCCCUCGACGCCGUCGUCGACGACGCCGGUGACAAUGCCUAUCCGGAUCCGCUCCCUCUCGACUCGAGCCUGCAGGACAUCGCCCGCUGCGUCUGCUCCGAGAGCACGACGGUGCACCAGGAUGAGUUUCGACAUGCCAGCGGUUUCCAGUCCGUCCUCGCCGUCCUACGACGCUUCUCCGGCUUCUACGACCCCCACAAGCGAGCCGAGGCCGACAUGCUUGCCCUCUUCGGCCUCCUCGCUUCCUGCCUCAAGGUCCUGGCCGCCGCCUUGCGCGACCACCCGGCCAACAGACGCUUCUUCCGCUACCGAGUCGACGGCGGCGGAUGGGAGGCCCUCGAGCAGGUCAUCGCGAGCAUCGGCCUCGGCGGCGCCGAGCCGGAUCCCUGGGUCAGCUGCCACGUCUUCGGCCAGCUGCUGUCGUUUUCCCUCGACGACGACGCCUUUGACCUCCUCGGCCGGUCCAUCGGCAAGAUGCUGCGGCCAGACGCCGAGGGCAGCGACCGGGACGCCGACGGAGAUGUGCUGGACAAGGUCGCCCGCGGCGUCGAGAAGCUCAUCAACGGCACGACGGCCAUCCGCUUUCCCGAGAUGCUCCGCGCCGUCGUGAGCUUCUGGACCGCCCUCCCGCGACCUGCAGGCUCGUCGGCAUGCGUGAGCUCCAUCUUUGUCCUCGAGGCGAUGCUGCGUGCCACGUCGGUCUCGAUGCACAACCGCGCCGCCGUCCACUCCGCCGGCGUCCUGUCUCAGUUCCUCCUCGUCGCCUUUGGCCAUGGCUGGCUGGCCGAAGCCGAUCGCGAGCGCCUCCUGGCCAUCUGCCAGCUGCUCAUGUUUCUCGGCGUCAACGAGCCGGCCGACACCCAGUUUCUGCUCUCGGCGCCCCGGUCCGAGGCCGCCGACUUCUGCCUCGAGAUGAUGUCCAAGCAUGCCGGCCCGCCCUUCUUUCAGUUUGACCUGACCCUCCACGGCUACUCCUCGCUCGAGCUGCCGAGCCUCGGCCGCUCCUUUCCUCCCCAGUCGGCCGCCGGCUACACCUUUACCGCCUGGAUGCGCGUCGAGGCCUUUGAUCCCGCCGCCCACACCACCAUCUUCGGCCUCUACGACGCCUCCCAGACCUGCUUCGUCCUCGUCUACCUCGAAAAGGACACGCGCAACUUCAUCCUCCAGACCUCCGUCUUCUCCAACAAGCCGAGCGUGAGGUUCAAGUCCGUCGCCUUUCGGGAGAAAAAGUGGUACCACGUCGCCGUCGUCCAUCGCCGACCCAAGACCAUGACGGCGAGCAAGGCCGCCCUCUACGUCGACGGCGAAUUUGCCGAGCAGGUUCGCUGCAGCUAUCCGCAACCGCCGCCGCCGUCAAACGGCAGCAACGAGAGCUUUGCCUCCUUCAGCUCGAACCAGGACCGCACCAACCCCGUCCAAGCCUUUGUCGGAACGCCGCGCGAGCUCUCCGCCAAGACGGGCAGUGGUGUCGUUCACACCCGCUGGGCUCUCGCGUCCGCUCACCUGUUCGAGGAUGUCUUGAGCGACGACUAUCUCGCCGUCCACUUCGGCCUCGGGCCCCGCUACCAGGGAAACUUCCAAGACAGCCUGGGAGGCUUCCAGACCUACCGGGCCUCCGCCGCUCUCGGCCUCCGCAACGAGAUUGUCCACCCGGGCAAGGACGAGCAUUCCGAGAUUCUGCGUGCCGUCCGGGACAAGGCGAGCUCGCUGCUCCCCGAGUCCAAGAUCCUGCUGAGCCUGCUGCCCUCGGCCACCUUUGCCGAGAACGUCCAGUUCCUCGAUACAGGCCUCCUUCGUUCGCUACCGCGUGUCUCGACCCGUAACCUCCUUCGAAUUUCCAACCAAGAAGGCGGACCCCUCGCCAUGAACUGCGCCGUUCCGAACUUGUCUGACGCCCUUUUCAGGACGCACGGCGUUGCCUCCUUUCGCGGCAUGCCCAUUGUCGCCGCGCCGUCCUAUCUCGACGAAAAUCUCUGGCGCCUAGCCGGCUUCACGCCGCUCGCCCUGAAGCUGCUCGAAAGAGCGACGACGGCCGAGGAGACGAUCCGGGCCAUCGAGAUCAUGUUCCACUGCAUCCGCAAGAGUUGGCGCAACAGCGAGGCCAUGGAGCGGGACAACGGGUACGGAAUCCUCGGCAUGCUUCUGCGCUUCAAGAUGGGCUACGGAAACGGCGAACCACCCGUCCCUCGCCUGUUCAUCUCCGUCGCCGAGCGCGACAGCCUCGCCUUUCGUGUCCUCGCCCUCAUGCUCGACUUUCUGGGCUACAAUCACGCCGAGCCGAUCGAGUCCUUCAUCGUGAACCCGCUUGCCUACCGGAUGCUCCUCAUCGACCUCGACAUCUGGCGCCGGUCGGCACCACGCAUCCAGGAGCUGUACUAUAAGCAGUUUUUGACCUUUGCCGUCAACAGCAAGCACCACGAAUUCAACAGCAGGAGACUGAUUCGAAUGAGGACCGUCAAGAGGCUUCUCGAUGCCAUGAAAGGCGAGAGCAUCUCGGACGACGUCAUCGACCAUUUCAUGAACGCAUUCCAGGCCCUGGUCAAGUCAAGCCUCAGCCAAGAGGUCAUGAGAUCCCUCUCGCUCUUCAUCACCUACGCCUUUCAGACGUCGGCCCGGACCGCCGGCAAGCUCGACGGCGAGAGCCCGGUUGGCUACAAAAUGGUCACCAAGAAGCAGUUGGGCGCUCGCAUCCUGACCAUGUACUCGCAUAUUCUCUGCGAAAAGGGAAACCUCACCAACAUCAAAACGUUUGGCCGAACCGUGAGCAACAAGUGGCUCCUGUACCUUCUGGACAACGACGACGCGACCGUCGUGCUGCACAGCUGCAGGAUCCUCACCCGGCAGCUAGUAGCCAACGGUGGCUUUUACACCUCCAAGUUCGCCGUCAAGGCGGGUGGCUGGGCCAUCAUGGCAAACCGACUGAAGCGUUUCUGGGACACUCCGUCGCUGUGGCCCAUGUGCUUCAGCAUCCUCUUCGGCUACGACGUCGCCGAGGUUACUCUCCACCGCGAACUGAGCACCUUGGUCGGCCUAUUUUCCGCCCGCAAGGUCGCCUACCCCGAGGCCUCCCUCAUCAUCAACACGAUGCUGCAGCACGGCAUGAGGGAGGUCAUGAAGCGCGAGGACGCUGGUGCGAGGCAUCCCGGGCCCGCCGAUGCCGCUGCCGAUCUGGAGACGCGAUUGACGUUCAAGGUCGACGGAGCCGCCCUGCUGCUGGAUGUGCUUGCAUUUUUGAAGCAGCUGCAUGCGCUGUCGUCCGAGUUCCGAAACUUUGCCCUCACCUCUGAAUGGGUUCGCAUGCUCCUGGCGGCACUGUACCCCGUCAUCGUCAGUACCGAUGUCGUCACGCCCGAUGUCGAACUCAACUCGAGAGAUUCGACUCUCACCUUUGAAGGCAGCGAUGUCAUGAUACACCCCAUCGGGGGAGGUUCGAUGCCUGGCCCGAUAGUUCGCACGACGGCCGUCAAAGUCUCCUCGUCGCCCCAGCUGAUGCCGCAAUCAGGAACGCCGCUGCGACGAGCAUCCUCCUUCGUGCUGCUCACGCCCGAACGGGACGUGCGGCUCGAGAGAGGGCAAAGCUUCGGCAACACCAUCUGCGAGGAAAUGUUGGAUCUCGUCCUCGCCGUCUUCCUGGAACAGGUUCUCGUCCGGAAAGACUUCACCGGCUUUGACUUGUUCACCAGGGUGCCGCCCGGCUUCCGGGAGCAUCAGGCGUACUUUGAGUCGCACGUCCUCGAGCGCGUCAUGGCAAGGCUGUCCGACGAGGUGCACAAGAACCAAAAGGCGCUCUGCGAGCCGCGCAUCCUGACCAAUCUUUCACGGCUCUGUCUACACCUGGCGGAAGCCACCUUUGAAGGCUGGUUCAUAAACGGAGCAGACAUCAUGAUUGACUUUGGCGGCAUGCUGCUGGAGUUUCUGCAGCGUCCCGACGUGGCCAAGAUGAAAAGCGUUCGACUCUGCAGCCAAGCGCUGUCGACGAUCCGCUCCAGCCUCCUGCGCAUCAUCCUGCUGAAGCUAUCGGACCUGGACAUGCAGACGACGGAAAUGCAGGGAAAAGACUUCAUGAACAAGCUGGCCUACUGGCAAAUGUCCAUCCUCGAGUGCCUCUCGGCCGACGACGAUUACCUGAAGCUAUUCUUGUAUCAGCUGUACACGAAACUCAUACAUCACAAACCCUUCAUUCGGAUCGCCGCCGCCAACUUUCUGCGCAUCAUUCUCGUCCAGAAGCCGGACGAAUCCGUCGCUGCGAUUCGAUCGUGCAUGGCUCCCGACCAGCGGCAGCUGUCCAACGAGUUCCAGCAGCUGACCGAGGUCGACGACGAGACCUUUGUCGCCUGGGUGGAUAAGCAUCGCCUGUCUCUGGAUACCCUCUUCCUCGGCAGCAUGGCCAAGACGUGGGAGGAGUUUGUCGGUGCGGAGAACGCAAAGACGUUGGAGACUGCCAAGGCGCGCUUGUCGAGGCGCAAGGAGAGGCUCAAGGCAUGGAACGCAGAGGCCGUCAGCAGCAAUAAGAUGCUCGUCAGCCACGACAUCGGCAACAGCGCGUGGAUGAAGAGCGUCUGCAAUACCGAGUUCUUCAAACACCAGCGGCUCCUCCAAGAUCAGCAGGACGACCUUGCCUUCCUCACGGCGGCCUACAGACGAAAGGAACGUGACCUGAGACGUCCCGGCGCCGUCUUCAGCGAGUCGGGGCCGCUCAAAUGGAAGCUGGACCGCACCGAGGGACGCAACCGGAUGCGGCUGCGACUGCUCCCCGACUCUUCGGCCAUGGAUGAUAAAUACGAACCGCGGAAGAAGGGCGGCCCUCGCUCGGUGGCUGCGACACCGCCCAACCUCGACAGAGCCCGCAUGACCCCCGAGCCGUCGCUGGAUGAAGGGGUGGAAGAGGACUUUGAGCUCGUCGACAACCCCGAGGACGCCGACGGCGACAGCUUCGAGGACAAGAACCGCAAGGUCCUGCGACGGCUGCAGCCCGGUGACCAGGUCCAGGCCGCGUACAACAUGUCGCGCAUCACGGGGCUCGAGGCCUGCGAGGGCCUCUUCAUCGUCGGCAAGGACGCCCUCUACAUGAUGGACAACGUAUUUCAGUGCGUCAACGGCGACAUCGUCAACGUCUGGCAGGCGCCGCGCGAGGAGCGCGAUCCGUUCACCAUGGUCGUCACCGGCACCAGGACCCUCGAGAGGCAGCAGAAUUUGCGCGAGCAGGAGUCGAGGCACUGGAAGUGGCAAGACGUCGUCGGCUUCUCCAAAAGGCGCUUUCUCUUCCGAGACGUGGCCGUCGAGAUCUUCUUCACCGACGGGCGCAGCUACCUGCUGGCGCUCCUCACGCCGGCGGUGAGGGACGAGCUGUUCGGGAAGAUGCUCAGCAAGGCGCCUCACACGAGCGCCGCCAACGCGCUGCCGAACCCCGAGGACGCGUGGAGGUUGGAGGCGCUCAAGCCCUUUGACGAACCGCCACGCCUCGCCGGCCUCGGCUCCAAGCUGGGAACGCUGUUCAACACGUCCGGGUGGAACCCCGUGAUGAAGCGGUGGCAGCGCGGCGAGGUGUCCAACUUCCACUACCUCAUGAUGGUCAACACCAUGGCGGGCCGCACCUUUAACGACCUCACGCAGUACCCCGUCUUCCCCUGGAUCCUCGCCGACUACACGAGCGAGGACCUGGACCUCGAGGAUCCGGCGACCUUUCGCGACCUGUCGAAGCCGAUGGGAGCCCAAACGCCGACGCGCGUCUCGCGCUUCUCGGAGACGUACAACGCGCUGCGCGAGAUUGGCCAGACGCCCUUCCACUACGGCACCCACUACUCGUCGGCGAUGAUCGUGUCGUCGUACCUCAUCCGCCUGCCGCCCUUUGUGCAGUCGUACCUGCUCGUGCAGGGCGACAGCUUCGAUCACGCCGACCGCCUCUUCCAGUCGGUCGGGGAUGCCUGGCUGUCGGCCUCGGCGAGGAACAAGACGGACGUCCGCGAGCUCAUCCCCGAGUUCUUCUGCCUGCCCGAGUUUCUGACCAACAUCAACGGCUACGACUUUGGCCGGCGGCAGAGCAACGGCGCCCGAGUGGACGACGUCGCCCUGCCGCCGUGGGCCAAGGGGGAUCCGCGCAUCUUCAUCGCGAAGCACCGCGAGGCGCUCGAGAGCCCGUACGUCAGCGAGAACCUGCACCGCUGGGUCGAUCUCGUAUUCGGCCACAAGCAGCGCGGCGAGGCGGCCGUGGAGAAUCUCAACGUCUUCCACCACCUGUCGUACGCCGGGGCGAGCGACCUCGACCGCAUCACCGACGCCAACGAGCGCGCCAUCACCGCCGGCGUCAUCCACAACUUUGGGCAGACGCCGCAUCAGGUUUUCAGCAAGCCUCACCCCCCGCGGGAGCACAUGAAGUGCCCCAUACGUCGCCUCGACACGGCCGUCUUUUCGCUCAGCAAUCCGGGCCCGCCUCUCCUGGAGAGCCACGAUCGCGUGGCAUCGCUCGUGUACGCAUCGAAGCUCGACCGCCUGCUGUGCGCGCCGCCCCUGCGGCUCAACUUCCCGCCGUACGACAAGUAUCUCGAGUGGGGAUACGCCGACAACAGCAUCCGCUUCUUCUUCAGCGACAACCGCAAGCCGGCCGGCCUGUUCGAGAACCUUCACACGGGCCAGAUCUCGUGUGCGUGCUUUGCCGAUUCAAAGACGCUCAUCACCGCCGGGGAGGACUGCGUCGUCUCCGUCUUCACCGUCGUCACCGCUCCGGCCAAGCCCGUAGACCUCGUGCCGCGCUCCAGCGUCUUCGGCCACAAGGCGCCCGUGACGGCCAUGGCGGUGAGCAAGGCGUUUGGCACAUUUGUGACGGCCUCGUCGGAUGGUCAGGCGUUCCUGUGGGACCUCAACCUGCUCUUCUUCAUCCGCAAGCUGCCGCUCGUGCGUGCCGUCGAGUGCGCCGCCAUCAACGACGUCACGGGCGACGUCAUGCUAUGCUCGGGGCCCACGGUGCUGAUGUACACGCUCAACGGAUCGCUCAUGCUCGACCAGAACCUAUGUCCCGAGCAGGACGAUUACGUGCACUCGUGCGCCUUCUACGAGGGCGCGGGCUACGAGUGGCUGGAGAACCACCUCGUCUUCACGGGGCACUCCAAGGGCCGCGUCAACGUCUGGCGAAAGAGCAUCGUCGGCGGUGCCUGGACCUUGGAGCUGCUGCGGCGUCUGGACCACGUCGACGGCAAGGGGGAUGCGAACAUCGAGGCCGGCAUCACGUGCAUCACACCGAUGCCGACCUGUCUGUACACGGGGGACGAGGACGGACGAGUGUACGAAUGGAACUUUCGCGACAAGUAG